AUGGCAUCUCCGCUGGCGGAGACUGCGAAGGCCAACAGUACAUGUAAUGCCGUACAGAGCAAGCAGGUUGGAGACUUGGCCAAGGGAAUCCAGGCCAAUCUCGACAUUCAGAAGCAGGAGUUAGCUGGUGUUCAAUUCCUCCAGGCGAUGUCCAAUGCAAAAUCGAACUCUACCCAAGACUUUAAAAACAUCCAGAAAGCUGUCCUCAACAUCCAACAGCAGGGGAUCGACAUCCGCACGAACAACCAGAAACUAGCUCAGCAGGUGAACAGCCCUGCGCAGAUGGGACUGGCUAUCGUCGCAACGGCACAGAUCACGGAGAAGGACCAGGUCACUAGCCUCAACGGAUCGUGUGCUGAUCAAGGCACGCUCAAAACCCUGGUGAAAGAAGUGCAAGAUGGAACAAAGCAGAAUAAGAAGAAUCUGCAAGCGGCACAGAGUCAGUGUGGCAAGUAA